AUGGUAGAGUUGGGAAUAAAAGAAUCUUAUGUAACUUGGAUAGAACACUUUUUUAAUUCGAAAUGGCUUGAUACAUUUAGUGGUUGGCAUUAUCAUGUAGUUGCAAGAGGAAUCUCUGAUCAUGGUCCUCUUAUUGGUUCUGACACUGUUAUUGGAAGAGCUCUAAAUACUCCCUUCAGGUUUCAACAAAUGUGGCUUACUCAUCCUUCCUUCUUACAAGUGGUCAUUGAUUCUUGGAAUGAAGAUAUUAUUGGUAAUCCUAUAUUUAUAUUUAUGAACAAACUUAAAAGACUGAAAAACAUUCUCAAGACUUGGAACUGGGAAAUUUUUGGAAAUGUUCAAGAAAAUCUUAAAAAAGUUGAAGACAAGGUUAUGGAAGAAACUAUUAAGUCAGAUGUUGAUCCUGCCAAUAUCUCCUUAUUGAAUAAUUUGGUUACUGCUAGAGGCAAUUAUGAAAUGGCUGCAAAUAACUACAAUACUUUCUUGAGAGAUAAAGCCAGAUUGAACUGGAUUAAAGAUGGUGAUAUGAAUUCCAAAUUUUUUCAUACCAGUAUCAAAAUGAGACAAUCCCAAAAUACUAUCUCUGAACUGGAAAAUGAUUCAGGUGAUAUUAUUACCACUCAACAGGGUAUCUCUGAUUUGCUUAUUGACUAUUUUAAGAAGAAGUUUGAACACCAAUCAGUUCAAAUUAAUGAUUCAAUAUUUGAUGUCGUGCCUCAUAUUAUUUCUGAAGCUGAUAAUUUUUUCUUGGAGGAUUGUCCAAAUGAAGAGGAAAUAAAGAAAGUUGUUUUUAAUCUGAAUGUUGAUAGUGCUCCAGGUCCUGAUGGAUUCACUGGAGUUUUUUUACAGAGCAGCUUGGGAAAUCAUUAA